UACCACUUGACAGUUACCAAAUAUAGACCCAACUGCUUUGUAAGAAAGGGUAACAAACUGAGCAGAGUCACCAACAGUUUGAGCGUGCAGCUUUGAAAACAACUUUUUCAUGGACACACAACAGAAUCAUGGAGCCUCCCUCACAGAUGUCAUUCCCAGAAAAGAAGCAGGAAAUACAGAAGCAAGAGGCUGAUGCCACAGUCUACAUGAAUUUCAUGAAAAGUCACAGCUGCUAUGAUGCCAUUCCAACCAGCUGUAAACUGGUCAUAUUUGAUACCACACUACAAGUGAAAAAGGCCUUUUUUGCACUGGUGGCAAAUGGCUUGAGGGCUGCGCCUUUAUGGGACAGCAAGUUACAGAGAUUUGUGGGUAUGCUCACUAUUACAGAUUUCAUCAACAUCCUCCACUGCUAUUACAAGUCCCCUUUGGUUCAAAUGUAUGAGCUGGAGAGCCACAAGAUUGAGACAUGGAGAGGUGAUUCAUUUCAAAAUGUCUACUUGCAGUCUUCCAAUCGCUUCCUCAUUAGUAUUUCUCCUAAGGCCAGGCUCUUUGAAGCCAUCUAUUCGUUACUUAAAUAUAAGAUCCACAGGCUGCCAGUCAUCGACCCAGAGUCUGGAAAUGUCUUGCACAUUCUGACCCACAAAAGAAUCCUCAAGUUCCUCCAUAUAUUUGGGGAAAAAGUUCCCACGCCUGCAUUCGUUCGAAGGCAGAUCCAGGAUCUUGGGAUCGGAACUUUCAGUAACAUCGCCACUAUUCAGCAAACAGCUACACUUUAUGAUGCCCUCUCCGUUUUUGUGGAAAGGCGGGUGUCUGCCCUACCAGUGGUGGAUAAACAUGGCAAAGUGGUGGCACUCUAUUCAAGAUUUGAUGUGAUUAAUCUAGCAGCCCAAAAGACUUACAACAAUCUGGACAUGACUAUGCAGGAGGCCAUUCACAGGCGCAGAUGUUUUGCUGAGGGAGUAAUCAAGUGCUACCCUGACGAAACCUUGGAAACCAUCAUCGACCGUAUAGUCAAAGCUGAGGUCCAUCGGCUGGUCCUGGUGGACAGGGCUGACAUGGUGAAGGGCAUCAUCUCUCUGUCUGACCUGCUGCAGGCUAUGGUCUUAACACCUGCAGGUAUUGACGCCCUUUUGUCCUAGCACCAAGGGACAGAGCAUCCCCUUCCUUCCUUUACCAACUGUGUAGGCUUGAGUCCUGGCCUUGUACCCAGCCAGGAAUCAACAUGUGACUGAAGUGAGGGAUCACAAGUGGAAGGAAAAAUCCUUGGGUGUGCUGCUGUUUACAUUAACAUGUAUUCCCCAAUCUAUGUGCUGUCUUCAAGAAGCAAUAAUGGACAGAGUGAGCUGACCUUCUAGGUCUCUAGAAAAAUGUCCAUAUUGGCUGAAUUUGAUCAAAUUGAUCAAUAUAUGUUUACUCAAUGCUAUAUACCUCUGAAUUAAACAUUUGUAUCAAA